AUCACGUGACUCGGUUAGGCAUUGGGACUCCCACGUUAUAAGACCCGUGUGUCAACUGUGAACGCUCCGAUCAGAUACACGAUUUAAAUGUAAUUCUGUAUGGAUGUAACCGUGUUUAACAGAUAGACUAAAACUGUAACCAUGGCAACAGCACUGCCAAGGAUUGCUCCGAUUGGCACACCUGUGUCCCGUGCUGUGUCUAGUCAGCCCCGCUCAUUCUCCACCCCUUGCACCCCUUCUAUAUAUGGACCUUACCCACCUAGGGAGCUAUCAAGCUCCAUGGACCAUGUAUAUGUGCCUGGGAGAAUUAACCCCCUUGCUCCUCCUCCAUCUAAACGACGUAUCAACAUGAGUUGGGAAACGUCGGAACAGCAUUUACAUAAUCAUAAGAGAAGUCAGCUGAUGCAACGACGGGAACAUGAAAGAUAUCACUCAGCCUGGUCAAAGGCGUUUUAUGGUUCUGUAGCAGAACAGGAAUAUUAUAGGAAACACUUCCGAGAUGUACUCAAGCAGCAGAUGGCUGACACUGAAGACAAACGGAGGAAGAAUGUAAAGGAGAAGAAAAAGGAGAGUGAAGUGGCUCUAGCUCAAGAUGAUAAUGACAAGAUUCAAGACAAAGAUGCUUUUGUUAAGAAACACUCUUAUCUACAGACUUUCCGCGACUCUAACAAACAGACUAUGGAAGAGAGAUGGAGUAACAACAGAACAAACAAAUUCAUGGAGGAUCGGUCCGACAGAGAUAGAGGGCGCUACAAUCCUAUCAACUGGACAUGUAGUCUAAAGUGAGGCUCCGUAGCCUAUAACAAACUUCUGGUCUUCAGUAUUGAUGGUCAAUUGUUUAUAAACUUCACACAGAGCCGACCUUCAUUCUAUAGGAACCAUUGUGUACUGAAUAGCGGAAUAUUUCAUUUGAUGGACAAACAGACUUUGACAUUGAGUGAAUUAAGGUCAAAGAUGACGUAAACAAGAAAUUCACGUUACAAUUCCGCUAAGAAGAAAUAUUUUUAGUGCGAACAUUUUUGUUACGUUACAUACUGUUGUUGAUUCAAUCGACUCAACUGUAUCUAAAAAAGGUGUAAAUGUUUAUAGAAAUAUUCAAAACUAAGAAUCUGUAUUAAAUCAUACUGUUUAACAUUUACUGGGCAAAACAUCUGCUCGUACAGUCAUUGCCGAUAAUGCCGUUCAGUAUUUGUCUGACUUUCACUCGUGUUUAAUUAUGCUAUUUAUUAUUGAACUACUCGGAUGCUGAAUUUGUCUGAACAGUAUCUUUGUUUUGUUAAAGACUUGAGUUACAGUGACCUAGAUUUUAAAAGAUCGGUUUUGAAUGACCUAUUUUUUAUGCUAACAAUUGGUAUAUAUAUAGAUUAUUGAAGACAGUUAGCAAGUGGUGUUGAAUCUUCAUUGUAUUCAAGCUGAAACACUGGGAACUCUAAGAUACACUCCAGGAAAAGCUUGAACUGUGUAACAGACACUCACACAUGUGUACGAGAGGGCUCACCCGAGCCUGGACUUGUGAGGCCAAAAUGUUUACCUUUUGUUGAUAAUUAACUCAUUCAUCCCUGAAAUUUCAUAAUGAAUUAUUCCAACCUUUGAAAUACUAGUAGAAGAGUUAAAAUGUGUCUUCUGGGGUGAAUGAGUUAAGUUUUGCUUUAUUUGCAAUUGAUGAUGCUAACAGCUUCAGUAGUAGAAUUGUAUCAGCUGUGUUGUGAAACAUACAAUCUGCAGAUUAUAGCUGAAAUGCAAAAGUUUUCUACAAUGAAUUAACAUGCUACAUAAAGUGCUUUAAUGCUGAAAUGACAUAUCAAAGAUAUGUAUAUAUAUAUGCUGGGUAUAAACAUAUCCAACCAGAAUCGCCAGGGACGUUUAUAGUUUCAUAUAAAUGUGUCAGAAGGAUUCGUAAUAGUAAUAAUAAUCCAAAGAUCAAUACUUGUGGCAAAAAACAUGAUUUGUCCAUUACAAACAACAAAUUUAUAGAAACUUUUCAUCAGGUAUGAACAAUUUUGGAAUUUUGAACUAGGAAUAAUGAAUUCAAGUUGUGAAGAUAAUAAAAAAAAAGAUGAUACAGAAAGUAAAUGACAGUUAAAAUGUAUAAGCUGGUGAAUUUACUCCGAGGCUCUGAUGUAAAAGAUCCUUCACCUGGACUAAUAAUUGUUCUGAUCCAGAACUAUUGAAAAAUAUUAACCACAUGCAAAUCAGUUAAAAUACUAAUAUGUGGAGAUACUGCCUGGAUGCGAGUAAUUAAUUAGGACAAAAAAAUACAAAAGUAAGAUAAUCUUAUCAUGUCAUAUACCAAGCAACUUUAAACAACAGAUUUCCAUUCCAUAAGUAUUUUACUUGUAAUUGAACAUGUUUAUACUACCGUAGACGCUAUUACCUGCCAAGUAAAUAUAUGUAAAAGCACCGUGAGGUCAACGAACUCUCUCGAAGCUUGAUACAAGUUGCAAUGGACACUAAAACCAAAUCGGUGAACAAAGAAACCUAGAUUAACCCUUUCACCCCUAAAUACCUUUAGUAGACUCUACCAUACAUUUGUCUGGUGAGUCCAUUAUGGUUUACAGUGGUGAAAGGGUUAAAUGAGAAAUGGUUGGUAUUCUAAAGAAAUCAACAAAACAGGAAUAAUAAUUGUAAGUGUAUUUUGAAUUUGAUAUUUUCUUUAUAUCUGUCCGGUGUGAAAAAUCCAAUAUUUCAUGCUUUCAUCCCACUUUAGUUUUAAUUAAUAUACUUCCAGAACUUAAAAGAUUAAAAGCCAAAUGGAAAGGAAGUGUUUUGAUUAAAUAGUCCUACUGAAUUUAGCCUUAAUACGGGAUGAGACAAUUUAUCAGGUCAAAUAUGUUACUUAAUAUUGAUUUUUAUUUGUUAAUUCAUAACGCGUGUUUGGGUAUGUAUUCAAUGUUUUUC